GCGUGCGGACGCAGCAUGUCCGCGCGCAUCUCAUCACUCAUGUGUUUCCUGCGUCCAGGACUCUAAUGAGGAAUGAGAUGCGCCCAGUUAGAAAACAUCACAUGUUUGUGCGCUCAUCGGCCCCCAGAUUAAAUUAUUGUAUUUGAGGACAGACAGGCAGAGGAGCUGUGAGAGCUGGAGCAGCAAGGAGAGGGGACACACUCGGUUCGUGAACAGACAUACUGAUUUCUGCGGUGGAAAGUUUAUUUUUUCUUUUACAUUACAUUUAAUUUAUUUCUUGUUGGUGAGUGAAAUGGAAGCCCAGCAUUUUGUUUUUCUCCUGGUUCUUGCCUUCUCUGUUUAUCAAGCUGAUGGGCGCAGAACAUACGCUGACAUUUUCCCACAUAAGCAUGAUAUAGCUGGGAAGAUUCCAUUUCCAAUUCCACCAAUCCCUGGCUGGGACCCUGACACCAACCCAUGGGACGAUUACCUCUACCCUCCCCUCAACCCAAAGCCCAAAGAGCUCAUGCAUCACAAAGGUAAACCAAAGGUUCGUCUGACUAGUGACAGCCCAGCUCUUAAUGGAUCUUGUGUCUCCUUCACUGCCAAGCUGGAGUACCCUCCAUGCCAGAAAGAGAAUGCCAACGGAGACCUUAUUUGGGAUGAGCACUGCGAGGACGGUACGGAGCUGGAGGCCUCAGCUAAUGGACAGGUGCGUUCUGGCUACGUGUACAACUGGACCUCCUGGAUAGACGACUACGGCUUUGGAAAGUGCACAGACCUAAAGAAAUGCAAUGUGUUCCCUGAUGGGAAGCCCUUCCCUCAGAGCAACGACUGGAGCCGCAAAACCUAUGUCUACGUGUGGCACAUGAUGGGCCAGUACUCUGAGACAUGUGACGGCUCCUCCUCGAGUGUGACCAUCAACACCACCAACAUCCCUCUGGGGGCAGAGGUCAUGGAGGUUAUGGUCUACAGGAAACGUGAGCGCAGAAAGUACAGCCCCCUUACCACAGACAACACCAUCUUCUACGUCACAGAUAAGAUCCCAGUGGCGGUCGACAUCUCUCAGAAGGCUGCGGUCAACCAGUCUGACAAUGUUUUCUUUCGUGGCGAGGACGUGGUCUUCAAAGUCCAGCUCCACGAUCCCAGCGGGUACCUCAAAACCGCUGCCUCCAUUGACUACAUCUGGGACUUCAGAGACGGCAACCAGGUGGUGACACACCGGGACCUGACCACGCACACCUACAGCAGGCUGGGGAACAUGAGUGUGAAGCUGGUGGUGGAGGCUGCGUUUCCAAUAGAGUGUCCACCAACCGCUGCCACCCCGACCCAUCUGGUCUCCAAGUCAACACCUCCAACAGAGGCCCCCACAGCUCCUCCAGGUACUCAUGCUGCUACUGUCAAGACGGAGACCACACGGGCACCACCCAGCACCAGCCGACCUCUCCCCUCCUCCUCACCCUCCUCGUCUUCCAGUGCCAUGCCCUCAACAGAGCCCCUCCCCCCUACUGUGGCCAGCGUGACCCCAGAAUACGACCCCACCACUCUGCCAUGGCUCCUCACUAGACGCCUCAACAACAAUGAGUGCUUCCGCUACGUCCACGGUACCUUCAUGGGCAACAUCACCAUUGUUGAGCCCAAACACACACUGAAAAGCCAGCCUAACAGACGCAUUGUGGAUGUUUCCGCCUCCAGAGUGACCAACACUGACAUCAACUUCUUGAUCAAAUGUCUGGGCAGCAUCCCUACCUCCGCUUGCACCAUCGUGUCAGACCCCAGCUGCACUCGAGUGAGUAGCAUUAUGUGUGAUGACGUCCCCCCGUCGACUCAGUGUGAGGUGCAUCUCAGGCGGACAUUUCUGGAGCCCGGCACCUACUGUGUCAACAUCACGCUAGAGGACUCCAGCAGCAUGGCCCUGACCAGCACCACUGUCACCAUCAACAAGUCCCAGGAUGCACCUGUGUCCAAGAAGUCUCGUGCUGCAGGCGUGGUGCUCUCCUCCAGUGCUGUGCUGGUGGCUGUCUUUGCAUUCAUUGCCUACAUGGUCUGCAGGCGUUAUAAGGCGUACCGUCCAAUUCGCAGGUCACUGGUGGAGGACGCCAGCGGCCAUGCUGAGGUCAAAGGUCGCAUGGUCCGUCUGAGGGAGGCGCUCUUCCCCUCCAGUGAGGAGAGCCAUCACCUGCUUACUGAGAGACGCCCCCUGUAGGCCCUCAUGGAGCUUCACCAGAGCAUGUCUGUGCUUACUAGAAGAAAUACAGAUGCAAAACCAUGAUUGAUAUGCAAAUUUAAGCUGAAGUGAAAUCAUCUUAACAUAAAGGAAUCAUUGAUGGUUGUAGAGAAAUGUAAGUAAUGAAUACUAAUGAUAUGUUCAUGUCUAAAUGUAAUUGUUAAGAAGCUGUUGAUACGUAUAUCUCGAGCACUGCUUCUUUUGAUCUGCUUCUCCUUUUUUAUUGGCCAGAGUAUUAAUUAUUUCUGUUCUAGCUAAAGGAACUACUGAGUGCAAAACCUGUGCAUAAUAUUGAUCUUUGACUCUAAUUAUAAUAAUCUGAAAACGGAUUUCUAAUAUAAAAUGUUUUCUUAGAAUGGUACCUGCAUGCUCUUUUUCAGUCAAUUAAAAUUAAGAUUUUCAAUUGUAACUUUCAGAAACUAAUUCAGAGAAUUCACUGGAGACUUGACACCAGGCCUGUAAUAAAGGUUGUGAACUAACGGCU